AUGGCGCGGAAGAGAGCCCUCUACGCUGCCCUUUCAAUUCUGGCCCUUUUCCUCACGGGGACUGUCAUUGUUCUCUCCUCAGUCACAUACUACCUCGCCAUUGACCCCAGCCUCUAUCUUUCAGACCUCGAAGUUCCCAUAUUGGACAGCACCACGCGGUGGAACGCUUCAGACCACGGUCAAGUCGAGCGUAUCCCCAGAAUUAUUCACCAGACGUGGAAGUCAGAGACGCUGCCUGAGAAGUGGAAAGAGGUUUCGCAAGGCUGUCGUGACAUGAUGCCUGAUUACGAGUACAUGCUCUGGACGGAUGAAGGCUCGCGCGACUUUAUUGCCGAGCACUACCCAUGGUUCCUCGACACCUUCGACGCCUACCCUUAUGUCAUUCAACGUGCAGACGCCAUACGUUAUUUCGUGCUCCACAAGUACGGCGGGAUAUAUAUAGAUCUGGACAUUGGCUGCCUUCGACCAAUGGACCCUCUCCUCGUCUAUCCAGUCAUAUUGCCGAAAACUAUCCCGGUUGGUGUCUCGAACGACCUCAUGUUUGCAGAGCAGGGUCAUCCAUUCAUGGAGCAAACUAUUCACAACCUCGUCACCUUUGACCACUCGUGGGUGCUCAACUAUCCCACCGUCAUGUUUUCCACAGGCCCUAUGUUCCUGUCAGCGCAGUAUGGGAUAUACACAUCGUCACAUCCUAGCGGGCAGGUACGCAUCCUCCCCAAGUCACUGUAUGGGAAGAACGCAAAGGAAGGAGAGGCACCGCACUCCUUCUUUUCACACUACUACGGCAGCAGCUGGCACGCAGACGACGCGGCUUUCAUAGCAUUCCUUGGGAUGUGGGGCAAAGCAUUAAUGUGGAUUGGACUGGUGAUCUUAGUGAUUGGCCUCAUCAAACUUGCAUUACCUGGCAGCAAGCAGCGCAAGUACAGCCUUCGACGGAUUGGUGGUUACGAUGUCCUUCUGCCUCGUUGGACGCAACGAUCCGGGCGAUGGUAUCUCGACCUAGGCUUAUUCUCGUUGCCGGCGUCUGCUACAUCGACGCAGCAGAACUCGCCGAACUUAUCUCUACCGCAGUCCCCCGUGGGUGGUCCUAUCCUUCAUUUGCCCUUCGACGUUCCUUCCCCAUCACCGUCUGAUAUCUCCUCCGCCGAGAGCUCGCCGAAUUCCAUAUCUGAUGCUGUGCGUCGACUGCGGAAUCGUAUUUCUCAUAUGACCGGUGUACGUGAAGAACCCCCUCGCACGCCUAUACGUCCUCGUAGACCGCGAAGCCGAGGCUUCUUGUUCUUCGUGCCAGCUAUCUUCAGAGAAUCAUCGGACGUCGAGCUUAUGCACACCGUCGGUUCCCAAGAUCCUGAGGCUGCAGCCCCUCUGCUCAACCCUUCAGUGUCUCGCUCGGUGUCACGCACGGCAUCGCCAUCUCGAUGGCCCCCAGAGAAGCAACGAUAUGCUGCGGACUUUGAAAGAGCUGGACUCGAUGUAGAGGAAAGUUUGCCGCAAUAUAGCCAACACACGCCGGAUACCUCCACCCUCGCAGACCAUCACGAUACCCAUCUACGGCCCACAUCGCGGAGUGCGUCACGGAACGCGUCUCGAGUUCGUGACUCGUAG